AUGACUCAUUAAAUGGCAUUUAUUCACCGUUUCUACUUCCUAUCACGACCCCCCCGCUUUACUAGCCCAUCACCCAUCUCUGACUCGUCCACCGAGGAGCAGAAGUGCUUCUCGCGAACGUUCCGCCCGACGAUCCCGUUCACCCAGCCCUCUUCCCGCAGCUCCUAGGUCUCCCCGCUGGAGACCUAACGACCCCAAUGCUUUGAUUGCUGGACCAGCCUAUCCCAGUUCUUCUUCGCGAAACCCAGCCUUAUUAAGCCCUGAGGAACUGGAGUCCCCAACGCUUCGAAAAAGGUUGUCCCAUGGAAUGCUCGGCGCACUAUUCAAAGGCUCGAAAUCGAAGGACGAAAGCGAGGAACCACCAGAGAGGGCAUUCGUCGUCGUGAGGGGUUUCCAAGCAGAAGAAAUCAGGGACACAUCGGAUGCGGGAUCCAUUCCUGUCCAGCGCGAAGGUCGUUUAGUACACGUCGACAUACCGUUGUUCCCACCCGAGCACUAUGCGGGUCCGGCGUCACCAAGAUUUCAUAGUUCUCUCCAAAGCACACUUUCCCCGUCGGAAAGCCAUCCGCCACAUCCAAGUACUCACUCACAGGACAUUUUCUCCUACAUCCGUAAUAGUCCAGAUCCGCAUCUUACGUUAAAUAUGCCCAUCGCUGAUCUGUGCAAGCACAUUCGUGUCGCGUCGAUGACCCCUACACCUCCCAACUCACCCACGACGCCUCAAUCGCCUUCACCGGCUGACAACUUGAUCACUUGGGCAUCCUGGUUUAAGGAGACGGUAGGACUGAGGCACGAGUUCCUCACGCUGAAGGUGAAAGGCUUCAAUGGGGAGAGAGAUUUUUGGAUGAGGUUCGAUAGGAGUGCUGCAGGGGUUAGGAAGUCCUGGGGAUUGGGAUUGAUGGGAAAUUCUCAUUUCAAUAUCAAGAGCGUGAGCUCGAUUUAUCAGGCGAACGAUGUGGUGAGUUUAAUUUAAUUUAAUUUUUAUUUGGACGUGUGCUGUUCAUCCUUCUUUUCGUUUCGGGUUGGGUGAUCCGUUUGUGUCUGACUUGUCGUUAUGCAUGCAUGCAGGUUAUGCUUUCGGGAGAAGAAGAGGCGUUGUUGUCCGGUGAUCCUCACACCCUGCAGGCAAAAGU